CUGCUCCCGAUGCCGUCAGUGCUCGAGUCUUACUACGUCGUCAAUGUCGCUGGUUGGAUUACCCGAGUACACGAUACCAGCAUCAGUUGGUUCAAUUACAACACGAACGAUUCAAAUAUCUGCAUAUGUCUAUCCGAUCAUGAUGAGUGCCAUGACCUAUUACAUACGUGCACAGAAAAUUAUAAAAGCUGCCUUCCCCUUACCAUCUGGUGUCCAUCAACCACCAUGAUGUUCAUACGUAUCGUUCUUGCCAUCCUUGCCCUUGCUGGCGUCACAGCUGCGUCUGCAGUCUCAACUUGUGAGAAUGACGCCACGUUGGUGUGCUGCAAAAAUGCUGAAGAUACCAACAGCGGCUGGCAGGGUUCACACUGCACCAAGGUCAGCACUGCGAGCAAAUGCAAGCAUACCGCUCUCUGCUGCUAUGAUGUCAAGGGAUCCUCUGCUGGAACGUGCUACGAGGCCUGUUGAGAGAUAUAGUACACCAUGACGUCGAGGUGGUUGCUCAGCGCUCAGCUCUCAAUUUAGGUCAUAAGUAGGCUAUUGAUUGCGCACUGUUUAUUGGAAUGCGACCGAUCAACUGUAA